AUGUGUUCAUAUUACUUUAUAAACAAAUGGAUAUUACUAUUUAUAUAUUUGACUUUAACUUAUCAACAAACAACUAGUCACUAUAAAAACAAUCAAACUAUACCUGUUAAUGACAAUCGUGUUUUGAUUCCACAUGAACAGCAAGUUUACAGAUAUAUCAUGAACAAUUAUGAGUCAUCUGUAAGACCGUUGAAAAAUAUAUCAGAGAAGUUGACAGUGAAUAUACGUAUACGUUUACAACAAAUUAGUGGUUUGGAUGAACGCAAUCAAGUGUUGACAACUAUACUAUUCCUUGAGCAGAUAUGGGAAGAUGAAUAUUUAAAAUGGAAUGAAUCAGAAUUUGGUAAUGUAAGAACAUUACGUAUACCAGCUAAACAAGUAUGGACUCCAGAUACUUAUGUAUUUAAUAAUGCUGAUCAUACAAGUUCUGGUUUUCUAGAAGGUGUUUAUGUAUUAGUUCAUAGUUCUGGUAGAAUAUCAUGGCCAAUUCCAGUACAAUUGAAAACAUCUUGUAAAGUCGACAUUACAUUAUUUCCAUUUGAUCAACAAAAUUGUGAAAUACAAUUUGGAUCAUGGAUGUAUACAUCUGAUUGGAUUGAAUAUAAAUUUCAAACUAAUCAACACCAUAAGUCAACAACAGCAACAACAACAACACCAACAACCGACAAAAAUUGGAAAUAUACUACAAAAUUGUUACCUUCAUUAGUAUCAUUGAUGUUGAAUAAGUCGAAUCGUCAUGUAAGUACAAAAAGAAGAGAUCAUAACGAAGAAGAACAGGAUAAUGUUGAUAGUAGUAAAUUGGAAGAAGAUUAUCUAACUAAAAAUGCAUUAGAUACAUCAUCUUAUUGGGAUAGUACAGAUUGGAUGUUGAAACAUGCUAUAUUAUCUUACACCUACCGAUCUACUGAUACAUUGACUGUUUGGAAACCAACCACGAGUAUAUCAAACAUUCAGAUUUAUGAUAACAAACUGGAUAGUAGACAAACUGAUUUAGUAUUGAAGCUGUUCUUACAAAGAAGAAGUUUUUUCUAUAUAUGGAAUAUUGUUAUACCAUGUAUUCUAUUAACAUUACUUACAUUAAUUACAUUUUGGACACCAAUUAAUUCAGGUGAAAAAGUUACAUUAGGUUUAUCAGUAUUUUUAGCUUUUUCUAUGUUUAUGAUGUUGAUAGCUGAACGUGUUCCACCAACAGCUAAAAAUAUUCCACUUAUAGGAGUAUAUAUGACCUCAGUAAUGUCAAUUACAACUGGAACAGUUGUUGUAUGUGUGAUUGUUAUUAAUUUGGAUGCAAAAGGUGAAAAACUAUCACGUGCACCAAAAUGGUUACGUCGUAUUACUCAAUUUGGUUUAUGUCAAUUCUUCUACAAGGAAAAUUGUCAUGAUAUGAAUGAAUCAGCAGCUAUAUCAUCAUUAAUAGAAAAAUUCUCAACUAUAAAUUCAAUUCAAGAGAAGAAAUUAUGCGAAAUCAAUAAUGAAAUAAUAACCUUAACCAAGUUAAGUAAUUUACUUUAUAUCAAUAAUAACUUAACUAAAGAAAUUCAAUCCAUCUGUCAUGAUUAUUUUCAACAAUUGAAUUCAUUCAAUGAAGCAUCUUCCAGUCCUAUUUAUCAUCAUAAUAUCAUUGUUAAUAAAUCAUCAUCAUCAUAUCAUCAACAACCUUCAACGGAUUCUCCGACACUAUCUGAGGUAAAACCGUCAUCAACUUAUCCAAUCAUGAAAUCGGAUAACAUUAAAACAAAACAUUCCAUUCAUAAAAUAUCCAAUUCUACAAAACAAGAUUAUUUACCAUUAUCCAUAUUACAUAAUUUAAAUCAAUUUAAUUUAACUACUUAUAAUGUUAAUAGUAGUAUAAAUAUAUCAAAUAAAAAUCAAUCUAAUUUGAAUAAUCAAAAUAAUAUUACAAAUGAAUUAAUUAAAUAUGAAUGGAAAAUAAUAGCUAAAAUAACAGACAGAUUAUUAUUUAUUUGUUUUAUUAUAAUAACAUUUAUAUGUUAUAUAUGUAUUUUUAUAUGGCCUAUCAUUUCUGGUUCUGCUAUAUUCAAUUGA